UCAGCAUCUCACCUUCAGCUGGACAGACACACAUCCACCACCGCACCCGAAAAAGGAGACGAUAAGGCAACCAAGAUAAGAGACAGCGUCAGAUAGAUGUACAAGAGAUAUCAAGGGUUAUCAUAGUCCGUUAUUUUAAUAAUGUAAGGGAUCGUUUGCGGUUUUACAUCUAAUUUAACCCGCUUCACUGCGACAAGAAAACACCAUCCAGCUGCGCAUGAAUAAAUUGCAGUAUUUGUCAGCUUGUAAGAGUAAAACCACCGAACUAUUUCAGUCAUUUUCACCAGUCUCACCACGACGAAGACCGGAGUCACUACCCGUCUAUCGUCGUUUAUUUUAAAGAUUAUUUUAAAGGCCCUGAUCAGCGACUGGUCUCAGGCGUCCGCAGCAUCUUCGCUCUCAGCAGAAAGCAUCGUCCUUCCUUUUUAUUGAAUCUGCGCAAUGGCUGAUGUCCCAGCGGAGUGCAACAUUAAAGUGCUGUGUCGUUUUCGCCCUCUGAACCAGGCGGAGAUUUUACGCGGGGACCAGUUUAUUCCCAAAUUCCAAGGAGAUGACACUGUUAUUGUCGGGGGCAAGUCCUACUCCUUUGACCGAGUGUUUCCAACCAACACCACCCAGGAGCAGGUGUACAACACCUGUGCUAAACAGAUUGUCAAGGAUGUUCUUUGUGGAUAUAAUGGCACAAUCUUCGCAUAUGGACAAACCUCCUCCGGAAAGACUCACACCAUGGAGGGUAAACUUCAUGACCCUCACCAGAUGGGUAUCAUCCCUCGUAUUGCUGAGGACAUUUUUAAUCACAUCUUUGCCAUGGAUGAAAACCUGGAAUUUCACAUCAAGGUUUCAUACUUUGAAAUCUACAUGGAUAAAAUCCGUGACCUUCUGGAUGUGACAAAGACCAACCUUUCCGUCCAUGAGGAUAAGAAUAGGGUGCCAUAUGUGAAGGGAUGCACUGAGCGUUUCGUCUCCAGCCCUGAUGAGGUUAUGGAUGUAAUCGAUGAGGGCAAAGCUAACCGCCAUGUUGCUGUGACCAACAUGAAUGAGCACAGCUCUCGCAGCCAUAGCAUCUUUCUGAUCAACAUCAAGCAAGAGCAUGUGGAGACUGAGCAGAAACUGAGUGGAAAACUCUACCUGGUGGAUCUGGCUGGCAGUGAAAAGGUCAGUAAGACCGGGGCUGCAGGAGCUGUCCUGGAUGAGGCUAAAAACAUUAACAAGUCUCUUUCUGCUCUGGGAAAUGUCAUCUCUGCCUUGGCUGAGGGCACGAAAUCUCAUGUGCCGUAUCGCGACAGCAAAAUGACCCGCAUUCUGCAGGACUCACUUGGUGGAAACUGCCGUACCACCAUGUUCAUCUGUUGCUCUCCCUCCAGCUACAAUGAUACUGAAACCAAAUCCACUCUGAUGUUCGGACAGCGUGCCAAGACCAUCAGAAAUACAGCCUCCAUCAACCUGGAGCUGACUGCAGAGCAGUGGAAGAGGAAGUAUGAGAAGGAAAAGGAGAAGAACAAGACAAUGAAGGAAACUAUCCAGAGGCUGGAGGCUGAACUCAAUCGCUGGAGAAAUGGAGAGGAUGUGCCUGAGACAGAAAGGACCACAUCAGAUGUGGUGAACCGUUUUGAGUCCACUGAGGAGCGUCCUAUUUUGGACAAUGACACCUCCUCUAUCGUGGUCCGCAUUUCUGAGGAAGAGCGGCAAAAAUAUGAGGAGGAAAUCCGCAAACUGUACAAGCAGCUGGAUGACAAGGAUGAUGAAAUCAACCUUCAGUGCCAGCUGGUGGAGAAACUUAAGCAGCAGAUGCUGGACCAGGAUGAGCUCUUGGCCUCAUCCAAGGGUGAUGGUGACAAGGUCCAAGCUGAACUGGGCAGGCUGCAGGUGGAGAGUGACUGUGCCAAGGCUGAGGUGAAGGAGGUGCUGCAGGCUCUGGAGGAGUUGGCCAUCAACUACGACCAAAAGAGCCAGGAGGUUGAGGAGAAAGGCCUUCAGAACCAACUGCUGGCUGACCAGUUAUCCCAGAAAAUGGCCAGUCUGAUGGAGCUGGAGGCGGAGCUGUCUCGUAUGCAGGAAGUGAGUGGUCAGCAGAGGAAACGUAUUGCUGAUGUCCUCAAUGGUCUGAUGAGGGACCUCAGCGAGUUCAGCACCAUUGUGGGCAAUGGGGAGAUCAAGCUGCCGGUGGAGAUUAGUGGUGCUAUUGAGGAGGAGUUCACUGUGGCUCGCCUUUACAUCAGCAAAAUCAAGUCAGAGGUGAAGAGCAUGGUGAAGCGCUGCCGCCAACUGGAGAACAUGCAGCUGGAGUGCCACCGCAAGAUGGAGGAGACUGGAAGGGAGCUCUCUUCCUGCCAGCUCCUCAUCUCUCAGCAUGAGGCUAAGAUCCGGUCUCUGACCGAGUACAUGCAGAGCGUUGAGCAAAAGAAGAGGCUUCUGGAGGAGAGCCAUGACUCCCUGAGUGAAGAACUGGCCAAGCUGCAAGACCAGGAUAACUCCCUGCUUGAGGAGAAAGAGGGAGAGAAGAGUGAGACUGAAGAUGGAAAUGUGAAGAAGACAAUUCGUCAGCAGGGGGAAUCUCACCGUGGCAUCCACCACAAGCAACUAGCCCGUCUGCGGGAUGAGAUCAAUGAGAAACAGAGGAUCAUUGACGAGCUCACUGAUCAUAACUCCAAACUGGAGCUGGAGCUGGCUCAGGUUCGUGCUGACUUUGAACGCCUGAAGAGUCAGGACACUACUAAGAGUGAGCGCCUGGAAGAGCUCUCAUUCCUGCAUGAGCGCCAUGAGCAGACAAAACAGGACUUGAAGGGUCUGGAGGAGACUGUCGCCCGCGAACUCCAGACCCUCCACAACCUGCGCAAGCUGUUUGUUCAAGACCUCACGUCGCGGGUUAAAAAAAGUUCCGAAAUGGAACCUGAUGAUAGCGGGGGGUCUUGCACCCAGAAGCAGAAGAUUUCCUUUCUUGAGAAUAACCUGGACCAACUUACAAAGGUUCACAAACAGUUGGUUCGUGACAAUGCAGAUCUGCGCUGUGAGCUUCCAAAGUUGGAGAAACGUCUUCGGUCUACUGCUGAGAGAGUUAAGGCCCUGGAGACUGCACUGAGGGAUGCAAAAGAGGGGGCCAUGCUGGACCGCAAGCGCUACCAGCAGGAGGUUGACCGCAUCAAGGAUGCAAUGAGGGCAAAGAAUGCAAUGAGACGCCCCCAUGCAGCACAGAUUGCCAAGCCAGUGAGACCAAAGCAGCUUCCUGUCUGCUCUCCAACCAACCCGUUCUACACAUACAUCCGGGCCACUGAACACGCCAACACCUACAGCAAUGCCCUCUUCCAGAAGAGUGUGACACAGCCCACCUCCUCCAGCAUCAACUGCAAUCCCAACUCUGUACAGAGCAACACAGUUUCCACAGCACUAGGCUACAGAGCAGGCCGAUAUAAUGGAGACAUACUGGAGUCCUACCCACUGAACAUUGAUAAUGGUAACAGCAUCAGUGAAACAAGAGACAUCAAUGACAACAGGAGUGAUGUUCACUGUGGCAGUGAGGUGGAUGAUUCCAACAGGCACUACAUAAUUCAGGAGGAGACUGCUGCAAGUUAAUGCCCUGAAGAUGACCAAACACUUUACUAUCCAAGGACCCUUCACUCCCAUCUGCAUGCAGCCUUACUCCUUGUACCCACACUGCAUCACUGAUGAAGAUGAUGAUAAGGAUCUGUAGCCCCUGUAGUCUUCUAAUUAGAGGCCCCUCAUGUUCCCAUGUUGACCACCAUCACCCUCAGGUUUGGGUGCAGUCUCUUCCAGUUUAAUCAGUGCAAGAAGUGAAUUAAUUUUUUCUGAAUACAGAAUCCAAAUUAAGUCAGUGAUCUCUCAGCCACUCAGUCUGUCAGUGGAUAUCACUGAUGAAGAUUACUUUCAGAAGUGGUUGAGCUAAAAAGGGGCUAACUCCAUCCCUGAUUACUUAGUACACAUAUGUUGUAAAUAAUAAUAUUGUUGUAUACUCCAAUAGAGGUUAUUGACCAUCAACUGUUUGUGUAUGCACAGCCUCCACCGUCCCCAUUACACCUUCUAACGGGCAUCAUGUGGAUGACUUACUGUAGGCAGACAUGACCUUUUUCUCUGUCGUAAAUAAGAGUAUAGUGUGUAAUGCCAGCUUGUAACAGAAGACACACACUCUGCUUGCAUGCCGCUUAGCGAGUUAGCUUUCAAAUCUUUGCAUGAGUCCUGAUUCCAGGCAGAGGAGCUGGUAUGCUGCAAGUGAACAGUCUGAUCCACUUUGACAGAUGUCAUUAAGAGAGACAGAGUAGCUGGUUUCCCUUGAAUCCUUAUCCUGGUUCAGUUUCUCAGAAUCAAAAUUCAAAUUAAACUGGGCUAUAUGUUUAUAUUGCUUAAACUCACCCAACACUGUACCUUUUUUUAAAUUUAAUUGAAAAGGAAAUGUAACUUGCAUAGGGAAAUCCAGGCCAGGAUUGCAAAGUAAAAAAAAUUUGAAAUUGCUUUGAUACUGUGAUACUGAUGCUGUUUAUUUCCAUUGUACUUGUAGGGUAAUGUUACCCACAUCCAUUUAAUGUGGCUUUUUCCCUGCAUUGCACCUAUACCCUGUGUUAUACCUAUACAAAGCCUUUACGAGGGCUGUUUUUUCAUGAUCCAACUGCCACACUGUCAUGUGCUUAUAUUUAUUAUUACUACCUCUAGAGCAACUCAUUGUAAACAUACUACAAUUAACUUUCAAAUACUGAAUAACAGCUGAUCUUAGAGUUUGUUGAGACAAUUUCAAGCCUUAGAACAACAAAAGAUGUAGGUAAAAUAGAAUUCUCACAAUACAAUAGUAGUUAGACUCCUUUUUCAUCAUAUAAUAGGCAGGAGUCAGAGCAAGCAAGACACACUGACAGUUCAUAGUCAAAACUAAAUUCUAUUUCAUAAUUUUUUGAUUUUUCUCCUGAAUUUUUUGGUUCUUUGCAAAAAUCAAUUUGAAAGAUGAUUUAAUGAUGUGCAUUUUGCCCCUUAAUGCUAAGAAACUACACUGUAGUUAAUGUAUAUUAAUUGGGCUAUUCACUGAUUUGGUAGUUUAUAACAGACCAUCAAAAGUCCAGUGAGUAGGGAAUGUCUGCAUACUGUACCCUGCUGAGCAGCCACCAGACUGGGAUGGAUGCAGCAUUUGACAGUACCUUAUUAAGAAUUAUGUUGUCAGGUCAUGUUGUUAUUCUUCUGCAAAAAAUCCUAACCAGCAAAUUAGGAAAGAGGAAAACAACACGUCUUCUGAAGGUGAUGAGAAGGUAAAUGUGUUUAAACUAAUCUAAGUCACUGAACUAAAUAAAACUGCCUUUAACAGAACACACACUGAUAACAUUUCAUUCUCUAAAGUUUCCGUGUGCUUAAAGUCAUGAUAGGACUUCUGCCUAAUUCAUGAAAAAAGUUUUUCCCUUGAUCCAGCCUCUUUGUGACAGUACUCACAGCACUACAGUGUUUCCUGCUCUCAUUGGCAUAAACAACGUCUUAGGGCUUCAUGUUCACAGUCACAGCAAGCAUGAACCAUCACCAUCUUCACCAACUGAAAACGAUGUGGACUGAUGAAAAAUCCUCUGUGUGUGUUAAUCAUGACUCAGUGGAUAAAUAUGAUAUUGAAUUAAUAACAUCCUGUAUGCAUAGAGUAACACCUCAUUUCAAGCACAUGGCAUCCAAAAGAGAACUGAACCUGGUCAAACCCUAUUGUAUGUAUCUAAGUAGUCCCUCUGAUUGAUAUCUUGUGUUAAUUAUAAUCUGUUAAUUUCAAGAAGGGGGGAAUGUGUACUAUAUAUUCACCUGCUGUACUGUCUCAUUACAACAUAUAGAAUUACAUGUGCUAUACAAUGUUAAUCUUGUAAGUAAAAUAGUGUGCCAUGACAUAGUAAAAUGCAAAAAAAGGCACUUGCUAUUUUUUCCAGAUAAAUGUUUUUUUUUUUUUGUUCAUUUUAUUUCUGUAUGCCUUUACUGUAGCGUCCACAUGAUUGUGUGAAGACCCACUGAGCAAAUUUUUUGUAUAUAUAGAAUCAUCACUAUGCUGUAUUGUAUGUGAACCACUGUGUUGAAGGAAACAGUCCAAUAAACUUAAAGAAAUCA